GGUCCACCUAAUUUAAUUGCUAACAAAUUGUUCCGAUGUAUAUUUCUGGAAGGAACUUUGCUUUUUUUUUCAAUUCCAACCCAGAUUUCUGUAAUACAUUUUCCUCUAACACCCGGGAGAUAAGGCUGAAUAAAAUGUAAGCUUUAGUCUCCCCUUAACAACAACAACAACAAGAAGCACUUGAGCGCCGCCCCAGUCAUGGUAUACCAUUGAUGGUACCAUCACCCUCCUACCAUGACAUUAACAACCUGAGAUCAUGUAUUCUCUACAAACAGUGUUCCUGACUGUAGUAGCACUCUUCUACAUUAUCACCAGGGGCUUCCCAAGACUUCUUUCUUGGCUUAUUGUAGCCAAGUACCAAACUGAGAUCAAGAUAGGAAGAAUAUCCCUGUUGCGACUUAGUUUUGAAGAUGUUCUUAUUAAGAAGUCAGGCCUUAGUAUUAAAAUUGACAGGGUUGGUGCAACUAGCAGCCUUUUUAACCAAGAAGAAAGAAAAAUAUUUGCCAUCAAAAUACAUGAUGUUCGAAUUGAAAAGGAGGUAUGUGAUAAACGAGGGAGAGGGACUCCAGCAGAGCCUGCAAAUAGCAUGAGCAUGGAGACUGCAUUUUCCGCAGCAGGAGAAGCAAACUCACCUACACAAACGGAGCCACAAGUUAUAAAACUCAGAAUUUCACCAUCUGUUGUGACUCUUGCACAGUUCUUUGGAGUACACGUUAUGAGUGUGAGUGUAAUGUACCUACGGGAGAAAUGGCCAGAGUGUCUACUUCAUGCAUCAGCUGAGAAGAUCACACUUGAAGGGGCUACUUUAAACCAGUCGAAUAUAGCUCUGAAAGUGUGUGUAAGUGGAGCUCACUUCAAGGUACUCCAGCAUGUAGGUGAAGGAAACGAGGCACUGGCAGAUACAGGCUGUGGACGAGCUGGAGCAACCCAAGAUCCCUCACUGGUAGAGUGUGCUAUCUCACUCAAACUUUCAAUUGAGGCUAAUGCAGAAACAGUAGCAGCAAUGGAAAAUAUCUCUGUACAAUUGCGCCAACCACAAAUUACAAUUCGAGAACGGUUGUUUACAUUUCUGGAACACAAAGCACUUGCAGCUACACCUGUGAUCAGUACUCCACAUAUAUCUUCAAAAAACAAACCAUCAGUGAACACGUUGCUUCACAGAUACUGGCUGUUUCUCCCCUUGAAAUUUCAGGUGAAAGUUGAAGAUAUUGGAGUAAAGUUUAUGAAUAGCCUUAGUCAAAUGGCACUGCAAGGAUCUUUGGCUGGCAUUGAUCUCCAGACUCACCUUAACCGUGAAGGAGGAUUAGAGAACCUGCCAGCCCUUCUGCCUGACUUCAGCACUGAGUUGCAGGUGGACAACACAAGGUUGCAGUGUGUACAUGACUCUUCCAUUUUUCUCAUUAGAUUUAACCUACAAACUCAGUUUGUUGGUGACCGAGUAAAUAUGAAGAGUGAAUUUAGAUCUCUUCAUGUAUCCUAUGAUCAUCGUGACUUAGGUGUAUGGACCACCUAUGUGUCCCGACAGAAGCCUCUACCUCCUGCACAAAGUUAUGUUCCAGAAUUAGGAGACAAAGGGAAAUCUGCUACAUGGAAAAAACUGUUGCAUCGAUAUUGUGUUGGAAUGAUCAUGGAAAUGUGGGAUGUCAGCUGUGGAGGUUCAAUGCCAGGUUCGUCGUAUGGUCAGACUAGUCUUCAGCAUGCACGUUUCAGUGUUGCAUUAUCUCAGUGGACAUCACAGGUUGCUGGAGAAUUAAUUUUGGAAUCUCUGGUGGCCACACUGGGACAGGUGCAGCAUAGCAUUACUCCCACCGUACAGUCAAUUUCAGCUGCUACAGCCCCGAGAAGAAUUCAUGUAUGGGGAACACCAGCAUGCAUUGGUCUUUGUCUUGUCCAACUUUCCUCAGUUCCUCAAGGUAGUAGCAGAAAUAAUAAUUCUCUGCCUCCCCUUCAAGCUGAGGCACUGGUUGAUAAUUUGCAACUGGAAUGGAGUCCUGACUUGGGUUCAUUCAUCACAUCUCUCAUUAGAUACUCUCAGGAACUUAAAAAGUACUCCAGAAGUAUUGUAUCAAGGAAGGCAGCUGAAAAAACAUCAGAAGUCCCUGGAGAAACUUUCAACAGUAUUAGUGUGAAAUGCACCAACAUCAACAUGUUUGCUGUUACUGAACACAAGGUCUCUUUGAUGGUUCGAGUUGAUAGCCUAGAGAGUCAAAAGUCAGCCAAGAAUUCUAAAACAACAAUAGUGGGUACCAAGCUUUUGCGAUUUGUUCCUGCAGGUGCUCAGUAUUCAUGCAUAAAGUCCUCAGAGAUUAAGGGUGAAUGUGGACAAGUGAGUGAGGUGGUUGUGGAGUUGAUCAACGGAGAAUUGCUCAUAGAUGUCAGUGAACAGCUUCACCUGACAUGGUCCACCACAACACACAUGACUUUCCUAACAUUAGCACAAGAACUGGCUGCUUUUCGUGAUGAUGUCAAACCAAUAUCAGUUCCAGAAAGUCAAAAAGUUCAUGUGGAGACUUGCAUUAAGAAGGAAGGUGAAGAGUCAACAGGUCUGCAGCUCCAGUUGAUCGCUAGAGGAGACAUUAGAGUUGGGGCAGAGCUCUCGAAGUGCCAUCACAUGUACUUCAUUCUUGGUGACCUAACAUACCUGAUGGCCAAUGGCAGAAUAUUAUGUCAGUCAGAGGAACUUCAGAUUCACUUUGAUGAAUACAAAGUAAUGUGUGUGACUGGUGGGAAACUGUCUCGGGCCUUGCAAUCAAGAGAAGUGCACGAGGAGAGAGAAGCAAUGCCUGAACUUAGCCAAAAGCAGAAUAAGGCAUGGAAAUUGACAGUGGACACCUGGAAGUUAACAUUCCCAUAUGAGUAUAAUUUUGCUGAGGCAUUCAGUGAUGAUCUGCUGUCUGUGAUAAAAUGGAUUAAGUUGGUUCAUAACCAUCGUCCCAAAACCUUCACUUCUGACAGUCCACUGCCACCUGAUGUAGUUAUAAGGGUACGACACUGGCUAAUGGAGAUAGGUGAUGAUCCAUUUGAGGUAAAGCUGCGCUAUAACUAUGAGCUUUUGGAAGAUGAGUAUCAAGAGAGUUGUAAAAGACUUAAAGCUUUGGAUGCCAGGAUAGAGGAGCGACGUAAAACUAUGUUUCUUUUCCCAACUGGCAAGAUUGAAGAGCUUUACAAGAACCUACAAGAGAAAAAUAGUGAGACAUAUAUAAAGCGCUCCAAACUGAUGUACGAGUCUGCACCAAUGCGAACUCAGCUGUUUACUUGGACAAUGGAAGAUGUGGUUAUUUUCGCUAUGGCUGAUCCAACUUUCCAUGGCACAGAUAGAGUGAUACAGCACAUGACUGAUAUUGACCCUGAAUCACCCUGGCCAGAGGAGGGACAAGAGUUUUCUACAUUGUGGUGCCGCAUGGUGUCUGCCUCAUGUGCAGAAUGGAAGUUCAGAUUACGGGAUUACCCACAAUCUCUUCUUCACAUGAAGGAUUUGGAAUUGUGGGGACGACUUAUUGGUGCUGAACAGAAAGCCAGGAAAAGAGCAAUACGUAAUGUAAAGGUGGAAGUAGGAAGUCCAUGGUCAGAUAUAACAGUUGAGAGAACUAUGUCAUCACUAAAGUUCUAUCAUGAUUUUUCCUGUGAGGUUAAAACCUUCACAGCAGCAAAUGGACCCUGCUGGGAGCCAGCUGUCGCACAGUUUAACAUUGCUCUCUCUCUGAUCAACCAACCAUCUCGUGACCCUUCAACUCCCUUACCUUGGUGGGAUAAGAUGCGGCUCCUCUUUCACGGACGGCUGACUCUGAUGGUUGAGCGCAUGACUCUGCUACUUCAUGCAUCCUUAGAUCCCUAUAACACCACAGAAGAAAUGGAGCUUACUUGGACUAAUUUAACUAUGGACUGGACUAAUGCGAAAUUAAUCUUUAAAGGAGAACUAAAUGUUUUUGUAAGGACAGCAUCCAAGUAUGAUGAUGCCAGACUUCUUCAUUUGCCGAACCUUAAGUUAACAGUGAAGAUGAACUGGCAGUGUCAUGGCAACCCAAAUGACCACCACUCAGUUAUGCUUUGUGCGCCAGACAAACUUCCAGAGUACUCAAGCAAUCAGGAGCAUGACUCAUACAGAGCAUUUCGCUCACAACACCUGAACAUGAACAUUGUCCUUGAAACCAAGUCUAUGAAGAAGGGCGAUACUAUUGUUAAUCCAGUCAUUGAGGCCUUGUUUUAUGGAAGUACUCUCAGAUGGUUUGAAAAUCUCAAGUUUAUUUUGUCUGGGGUUGCCCGUCCCACCCGUCGUGGCCCUCUUUUCAAGAACACUAAAGCUCGUAAACCUCAACUCUCUCGGCACUAUAACACAAUACAUCUCUCAAUAUCUUUCCAGAGAUUUGAUGUGAGGUACUGGAUGUCUGUUGGUGUUAAGAAAGGUUUCCAUCUCAGUGGGGAGCGGCUCUCCCUUAGCUCAGAGCACAACUUAUCAUUAAUACCAGUUAAUGAUGGACUUCGACAUCGACCACGUAGCUGUUGGGGUAUUGUUUUCCUCAACACAGAGCUCUGUCAUGCUCAAAUUCGGCUGCAGAGUGUCCUGAAAGACUACACAUGCUUCCCAAAUGAAGAACAACAGGAACCGUUAUCUCAGCCAGUUGAAAAAUUCUAUUUCUUGAAUGUGAGUAAAGUGGCUUAUAUGCGAGAAACUUUAACCCCAACACCUUCAGGAGCCAGCCAUGACCCAAACCAGCGUGAGACACCAAAUCACCGCCUUGUAGUAUAUGGCCUUAAGGGUGCGUGGACAACCAACAACCGUGAUAUUGUCUUAGCUCUCUAUGACUCGUGGGCCAAGUCCCAACAGUUACGCCGUAACCUAACCCCUGAUAUUAUAAAGAACUACAAUCCAGAGGCUUCAACACCACAGAAGCCUCGUAGCCGAUCACUUACAGACAGUAGCGCCUCUCAGAGCCUUACCUCUCCAACAGCAGCACUGCAGGUGCCCCCUGUACAAUCAACGCCAUCACCAAUGUCUCGGCUGCAGUCAGGUCAUGCUCAGGCUAUGUUGCAGCAGUUGAUUGCAGAAGCAGACAACAAUCAGGUGGCGUUCAGUGAGGACUGUUCAAACACAGAACCCAGAGAUCAAACUUUACAUGGAGUCAAAGCUUGUACAACAGAUGAUGUUAUUCAUAAGAGGUGGCUGAUUGAACUAGUCAACAGUCAAGUGUUGCUUAAAGGUUGUGAGACACAGGGUUAUGUCAUUCUGAGUGCAGCCAAAGCCCAAAUACUACAGCGCAUCCAUCGUCCAGUCUGGCAAGAUCACUCCCUUGUCACCAAGACCACUUGGUUUGGCUCACUGGAAUGCAUGCAGUACUAUGCUACAGUCAAUGCUGGGGAUAAAGAAACACAGAUGGACAACAUCAUGUGGCUGACUGUGGACAACAUAGAAGAGAAGGACGGUCAAGUAAUCAAUGAAGUAGCUGAUAUUGUUGGUAGUGGGCAGUCAGUUGGUGGUGUUGUGUCGCAGACAGUUGGUUCAAUGGAUGAAGGUCAUGAUGAACAUCAGCUGCAAAGAAUUGUUUCGCGUUGUCACUGUGAGUUUUAUUAUGUAUCAUAUGGCGAGACUGGCCUUGACUUGUCACUCAUGGAAGAAGUUCAGCCUCCACUCCCAGAAGAUGAUUUAUGGAACCGAAAUGUUGAAGCUGUUGAUACAUUCACUCUGAUGCAUCACGACCUCUGUGCCAGUACCAAUUCCUUGCAGUACAGUAUGGUAGUAGAUAUACUGAACAACUUACUGCUCUAUGUGGACCCGAAGAAAAAAGAGGCAACAGAGGGUGUGGCACGUAUGAGGUUCCAGCUUCAGCUGUAUUCCAGAGAUGAUCAGCGAAAACCCAUUAUUAGACUCCAAAACCAAGUCAGAUAUCACUUAUCACAACUAAGAAGUUUGGAGAAAGAAGUAUAUUUAGUCCAGAGACAGCUGGAUAAGGAUCCAAACAAUGAACAAAAAAGAAAUGAGAAGUUUGAUUUAGAGGAACAAGUGUCGGCUUGCAAGGAACAAGUCAAUGGUCUUAGUGAAGAAUUGGCCAUGAGAAUUCACUGCUACAAUGAAAACCAACUGUCAGCAAACCAUAAGUGGAUGGCGCUGGGUGGAGAUAAACAGGUGAAGGUGAUCCGUAUGAAUGAAGUAUGCUUCAGGAAGGCACAGUGGCGACUAACAGAGGCAGAUGGGCAGUUGGGUAUCGCUGACUUGGUCUUGUCUAAUUUCUUAUAUACAAAGAAGACCAAUGCUGAUGACAGUGGGGAGCAUCUCUUGGAGUUAGGCUUUGUAACUAUGAGAAAUCUUUUGCCUAAUCAGCCUUAUCAAGAAGUGCUAAUGCCAUCAGAGCUGCAGUUGAACAUGCCAGUUGAUCGACAGAGAACACUCAGAAUAUUUUGCCGGGAAAAACCACCUUGUGGAGGCAUUUCAAUUAUUGAACAUUUUGAAAUCAAUGUUGUUCCUUUGAAUAUUGCCCUGACAUACCAGUUCUUCAAGACUAUGAUGAAGUUCUGCUUCCCUGAUAAUGCAACAGAAGAGGAGCACACUGUGGGUGAUGUUGCAACAAAUCAAAACCCUCGAGGUAGCAAGAAGCAAGCAUCUCUCAGGAAAUCCCACAAGGAAUCAAGCUUCUAUGUAUCUCUGCAGGAUAAAGAUGAUGUAGAAAUUAUGAAGCAACGGGCUGAGCAGAACAAACUAUUUGUUUACAUCAAGAUUCCAGAACUACCAGUACGUGUGAGCUAUAAGGGCAAGAAAGAAAAGAACUUGGAAGAUGUAUCUAAUUUUAGAUUAGUUGUUCCAACUCUAGAAUAUCACAAUGUUACAUGGACCUGGUUGGACUUCCUCAUGGCCAUGAAGCAGGACUCCAAAUCAGCUUUGUUAUCACAGGCCAUCAAGCAUAAAUUGAAUCUGGCCCACUUCCGAGCAGAUGAUACGUCCAUGCCAAACGAGGAAGAGAAAGCCCGUCUUCUUCUUGGUAGCAAGUUAAUGCCACCUGAAUCCAAAGGCACAAAGAAGAGCCUUUUCAAAUUCAACAGAUAGCCAAGCAGAUAAACCUCAUCCUCGUUAAUGCUUUUCAUGGAAAAGACGUACAGGUAAAUUAAAAAAAAAACAAAGUGUAUGUCAUGUAGUACCAUUCAUCUCAUUGUUGCAUGACUAAUAUACAGUGUAAGUUUAGGGCUGUAAUGAUUAUGCUCAAAUCUGUUGAUAAAUCUUAUUUAGCUCAUUGUUUCUCAUUAUUAAUUGCACUUUUAAGAGUAUAGAAUUUAGAUGUUUAUAAUCUUACUCUGUUCUUUUGGACAUAAUUUUAUUUGCAUGACAUUGGAGAAAGCUGUUAAGAUUUUUUGUGCAGAAUCAACCUAGCUUUAUAUAUGAGGAAUGACUUCAUUACAAACUCUCGAGGAAUAUAUUUAGACUUACUGGUAAUCAUCAAUACUUAACAGAUUUCUUCAUCCUGAUUCUUGUGUUGUGCAAAUCUUUCUUUACCUAAAAUAUUUUCUUUUAGAUUGAGAGUUGUAGGUCUUGGAAGAUUUCAUAUAAUAUUUUGGAUUAAAUUUAUCCUCUUUUUAAAAUUUUUAAGAAGAAAGUGGAAUUAGGGGUUAAAGAAGGCUGUGUCAUUUAUGCAAUGAACUUUUAAGCUCAAUAUUUUUUAAUGAAACAGUGAAUGCAAUAUUUGCAAGGUUCCAUGACACUAUCUUUACUUAAUUCAUUGUUUUAGUAAUUGUGCAUUAUUUCUGUGAGUGCUGUAUUUUAUGAUUGUUAAAAAUUCACAGCAUUUUUAUUUUUCAACAUUUUAUACAUAACAUUGAUUUACAUCACCAAAGUUUGCUUUGGGUCUGUUUUAAUCUUUGAUUCAUCAGAAGUAGGAGAGCACUAAUGACAGAGAAGAGACAAGAAUUGUAAAUAGCAGUGCUCUAAACCUGUAUGAUAAUUAAAUUGCAAGUUGUGUUUCUAGUUUUUAUUAAUACUGGUUCAGGUUACAUUCCUCUUGCUGUCUUUCUCAGAAAAUCGGUUGAUAUAGUCUCAUGACAUUGCUUUAUAUACCAGAUCUAAUACAUAUCUUGCUUUACUUUUUCGAAGUAUAAAAAUAAGGGGAAAUUUGUAAUAUUGCAAAAGAAAUUAAACAAAAUUGUGAUAUAAAUAAAUAAAUAACAUUAAUAAAAUUAUAGACACACAUACGUAUGCACAUACAUACACAUGUAUGUACAUGUAUUCUUAUGUAUAUACUUGUAUACGUAUGUACACAUAUAUACAUACAUAUGUGUAUAUACUCUCAGUGACCACUUCAUUAAGUAUACCCUUCUACCCUUCUACUACUAGUUAGAGCCCCGCUUUGUCCCUAGAACAGCAUGAUAGCAUCACGGAGUUGCUACAGAUUUCUCACAUACUGAAGGUUAGGCCAGAUUCUAAUCCUACCAUCUGCAUGUUGCAGCAGAAAUUGUGAUUUGUCAGACCAGGUGACAUUUUCCUAAUCUUAUAUUGUCCAGUUUUGGUGAACCUGUGUCCACUCUAGGCUAAGUGUCCUGUUCUUAGAUGACAGGAGUAGAACCUGGUAUGAUCUUCUGCUGCAGUGGCCCACUCACUUCAAGGUUCAACAUGUUGUGUGUUCAAAGAUGCUUUUCUGCAUAUUGCUGUUGUAAUGUGUGAUUAUUUGGGUUACUGUCAGCUUGAACCAUGUUGGCCAUUCUCCUCUGACAUCUUUCAUUAUCAGGGCAUUUUUGCCCACAGAACUGCUGCUCACUGGAUAUUUUGUGUUUUUUACGUGAAAAUCACAGAUCAGGAGUUUUUGAGAUGUUCAAACCACCCCGUCUGGCACCAACAACCACUCUGCCAUCACAGUCACUUAGAUCACAUUUCUGAUGUUUGGUCUGAACACAGCUGAACCUCUUGACCAUGUCUGCUUGCUUUUAGGCAUUAAGGUAUUGCUACAUGAUUGGCUGAUUAGAUAUUCGUAUUAAUGAUAGAUUAGAUUUUGCCACCGAAGUGGCUAGUUUAUUGUGCCCCCUAUGUCCAUCCUGUGGACAGUAGUGCAAGAGCAUAUGGAUACACAAAUUGCCUAGGAACUAGGCCCCAAAAGGGUUAACAGGAGUACAUUUGGAUUUAUGUCUACAGUUCACUUAUCUGUUACAAGCAAAUUUAGGAAAUUUGCUUAGUAUAUCUGGUAUCUUAUUUUUAUUAAUAAGAUAUCCUGACAUGUCACAUAGGUUAUUAACUAUUUAUCUCUGUAUUCUCAAUAAGUGGACAAUUAAGCACAUAGUGUUCAAGAUAGUGACUAUAUGGCUGGCCACAUAAUUUGCAUUUGGUUUGAUCAUCAUCUGUGUGUCUCCCAAAUUGCCAGAAGCACUUGUAACCAAGCCUAAGCCUGGCCACUACAUCAGUCAGUCUGUUCACAUUGCAAGUUGCUCCAUAAAUGUAGUACUUAUCUACAUUCAUGUUAUUAUAGUGGAUUAUAGAUCUACUCAGUCUUCUAAGUGCAUUCCUAUAACAUUCAUUUUCAUUAUUUACAUCCCUCCUAAUAUUAUUCCUAAUGCUAGACACAGAUAUACCAAAGUUAUAUUCUGCAUUCUCCUUCAAGGUGCUCUUCUUGGCUAACAUAUCAGUUUUAUCAUGAAGGAGUAAUCCAUCAUGUGAUGAGAUCCAUAGCAAUUGUACAUUAAUUCCUUUUUCCUGAAUUUUUGUGUAUCUAUACCUGGCUUCUCCAGUGAGCAUGUUGUUAGUCAUUAUAUGAGUCAAGAGCCUUCAGUGAUGACAUAGAAUCAGUAAUGAUGAUAGAGUUAAGUUCAGUGUCAUAGGUAAGCUUUAGUGCCAUUAGGAUGGCAAACAAUUCAGUUUGCAGUUUAGAUGCCCAGUUGUUUGUUCUUAUGCCUAACUCAACAAAGCUGUUACCGUUCUUAACUAGGGAGGUGGCAACAAGAGCAGAUGCAGCCGUGCCUGAAGACUCCUGCUUAAAGCCAUCAGUGUAUAUAACUUGUAAUAACUUAUUACUACCAGCUAGGCAAGAAAUUUCUUCUUGAUCAGUUACUUUAACAAGUGAUCUAAGGAAGGGAUUACUAGUAAUGAGAUUCUUGGGAGGGGCUUGCAGGUGUGUGAUAUUAAAUGAACACAUCUUCCAUAGAGGGGUGAAAUGCUCUUGUUGUCUACAGUGAUGCAGGUUAUAAAACUUAAUAUAAUUGCAUGUUUUCACAACCUAUUGAGAUCUAGGUAGUAGACUGGUAGACAGCAACUGCCUACAGAGGUACAUGUACUACCAUCUUACCAAGUGUGUGUGUAAUGGAAACCUGUAAUUGUUUUACAUGAUGGUAGGAUUGCUGUUGUCUUUUUUCUGUCUCAUAAACAUGCAGGGUUUCAGGUACAUCUUGCUUCUUCUGCUUACACUUAAGUCACACUUCACAUGCAUAGACAAGCAUAUAUAUACACACACACCCCUUUGGGUUUUCUUUUAUUUCCUUAUUGGUUCUUCUUGUUUAUUUCCUCCAUGGGGAAGUGGAACAGAAUUCUUCCUCCAUGAACCAUGUGUGUUGCAAGAGGUGACUAAAAUGCUGAGAGCAAGGGGCUAGUAACCCCUUGUCCUGUAUAUAUUACUAAAUUUAAAAGGAGAAACUUGCAUUUUUCCUUUUGGGCCACCUUGCCUCAGUGGGAUAUGGCCAGUUUGUUAAAAGAAGAAAGAUGAUCUGCCAUGGCCAACAAGCUUCAAAAUUCAUUGUAGUUUUUUUUGUAUCAUUUUCAGAAGCAUUUCAAACCUUAAAAAGCUGAAAUGUUACUCUUAUUAAAUUAUGGCUGUUCUAAAUGACUCAGGGGAGCAUGUUGCAGGUUCAGACUUCAUUGUUAGUACUAACACAUGCAUGAUUCAUCUCUAGCAUUGAAGUCAACAUGUACUUAGUUGGCUGUUUCUGCAAAUGUCGAAAGCUUAGCUUCUCGACAGCAUCUCAACAGUUUGUGGCACUGAGCUUGUAUGCUGUGAUCAUACUGGAAGCAACAUUUGUAGUAAGUUUCACUUCUCGAAACAUCGACAUUGCAUUUCCACACACCAUCUGUAUCUCCUAUAAGUACUCUUGAUAAUUUGGAGUACUGGCAAGAAUGCAACGUUGUGCAUCAGUCACCUGGCUGAUUUGCUCAUCAUCAGUUUUCACUUGCCUGACUGAGCUUCAGGGAAUUCUCUUCCCUUCACAUCCUCCUUAAAUGAGCACUUAAGCAAAAAAGCCUCUGCAACAAAUGGCUAGCCAGUAGUUUGAUACGCGAGUUCACCGGCUGUGCUCUCGGAUUUCCUCAGUAAAUCCAUCUUCAAAUCUGAUACAUAUUAAUUUUCAGGCAAACAGUCUUCAAGUCUUUGCAGUCCUUCUCUAAUGUUUAUGUCAGUAAGACAGCUCACUUUUGAGGCCCUUGGAAGGUCUUGGUCAAUUCUGCAUAUUUGAUCUCCCAAACUUAUUGUAGGAAAAGCAGCAAACAGAGACUGUCUUCCUCCCAUACUUUAGCCAGACUUUCUUCCAUGACCAGUAGUGGAUCUUCUUUUCUUUGCUUUUAUUAUCUCUGGAUGUCUUUUUUAAUGACGUGCAUCUGAAGUCAAGGAGGUGGAUGCUUUGCCUUAAGUAUGAAUCUCUCUUUCUACAUCAACUCCUCUUUUUGCUUUAAUUUCAAAUUGUUGUCAGUCUCACAAGAUUCUUUUCCUUUGUCAGUAAAUUGAUUCUUUCAUUACAGCCAGGGAACUGCAUUUCUCUCUCUUUGUGAGACAUUUUUUAUUUAUUGAUGUGUCAGAUGCCUCAGUCUCAUGAUUUUUAUUCAUGACUUUUUCUUCAAAGAAGACUGGGUUUCCUUUAUAACUUUGUGACUUUGGAGUUAAUGACUUACUAACAUACAUUUUUGAUACCUGAGAUAUGUUAGGUGUCACUGCUUCACUUGUGUUUUGUUCUGAGGUCUUGUCAGAUGAUUGAAUCUCCCUGAUACGAGACUGUUUUUGCACUGGAGAUUCACUAGAUAAUCUGUUCUUCAUGUUGCAGUUUUCUUGUACUGGAGUUUCUAUAAAGUCUUGUCUUAAUUGAUUUCUUUUCCAGCAGAGAAGUUCUGUAGGACUCACUGGUUUCUCUAGCACUUUUCUCUUCUACUGAACUUCUUUUUGAUGUUUUGAUUUUACUGUCACUUUUCACUAACAGGGAAGUGUUUGAUUUUUCUUUUGGUAGAAUUGACCUUCCCUACUGGGAUUCUACUGGAUGAACUUAUCUUGGCACUUCUGACUAUUGGGAUUCUUCUCAAUGACCAUGAUGUACAACUGUUGAUCUUGUUAUCUGAUGUUCUGGCACUACAGUUUGUCACUGGAGUUCUACCUCCUGCCCUUCUUGGUGUGGUGUUUUCAGUGUCACAUUCACUCUAAAAAUGACUUUUCUCAGGUCUAAUGUUUUUGUCAUCUUGAGCUAUUAAAUUUUCCAUAAUCAUAAAUUUACACCAUGAAUUAAAUGUUGUCUUUUCCAUUAGAUAAUCAGUUAUCUGAAUCUGGCUCAUUUGUAUCGGGAGCCUGUGGUGCUGUUGACGUUACUGAGGCCGAUAAUAAUGACUUGAUUGAAGUGGAUAUAAAGUGGCCACUGAGUGUACAUACGUACAUGCAUACAUACAUACAUAUGUAUAUGGGUUAUGUAUAUAUUACUAUUCUUUUAUGCCGUUAUUUAAAAAUAGAUCUCAAUAAUACUAAUUACCCUAUUGCUUCUCCACUAUGCCAGUAAUGUCAGUCUCAUAUGUUUAGUAGUGUAUGCUUCCCUCUGCAGUAAGGUAAAUUUUUCUUAGUCUAUCUCAAUUAACUAGAAAACUCAUUCUGUGUGGAAUAAAUUUUAACUAAUGCAUCAAGUAAUGAAGUUAGCUCUAUCAAUAUAUGUUAGUAAAAAUAAAUUACAUCUGAUAGAAGUUCAGGUUGUGAUCAAUAGAUAGAAUGAACAGUAACAACAGUGGAGACUUAUACAGUCUCAUAUGGAAUAAGUAAUACAUGCAUACUUAAUAUAUAACUCAGAGCUUUCUGGGAGAUGGGGUUUAAAAUUAAUCUCUUGAUCAUUACCCACUCUGCUACUGAUGGUUGUUUGGCUAAAGUGAGACUGCAGCUGUGCCUGGUGGUCAUCACAGCUUAACCUCAACAACACUCAUUUCAUAGGAAGUACCAUUUCCAUUCUUUGUCUUUUUUUUUUCUUUACAUUCUUGUACCUCUGUAUGUUUGUCUUUUCUCACUUGUAAGUUCAGGCUAAGGGAAUAUUAAUUUUUUUUUCAUGUAUUCUUGUUUGUUUGUACAAGGAUGUGGUGUCUCACAUUCUUGAUAUCCUAACACAUGACAACCCAGCAAAAGAUUGGGAGUUGUGACAGAGUACAAGGUAUAAGGUACAUAGAAGAUAUAUGUGGCAGCCAUCCCAAGUUACACUGGGAGUUGCAAUAUAUCAAUUAUAUGGAAGGUACAUUUGAGAUAUUACAGAUUUUUUCUCUUUAUAUUUUGUCCUGUACUUUGAGCACUUUCUUACCUUAUGAAUAUGAGAAACCCAGAGAUGAAGAGGAUAAUAAAUGUAUGCACAAAUUCUUUUAUAUAAGAUCGGAUUAGUAUGGAACUAGUGAGUGAAUGAGUGUCAUAGUUACAUACAUAAUGAAGGCUGGUAAACUAUAGGGAGAAUUCAGACUAAACAUGUGGGCCUAAUUUGUCACUAGAAAAAGAAAAUGUUCAUAUAUUUUGUACAUGAGCUCUCUUGUUUUGUGUAAUAAUGAUUAACAUGUAGAAUAUGAUUCAGUAUUUUUUAUUGCAAGGUAUAAUUUGCA